GUUUCUCGAGCUGAAACUGUCACGAAGCUCUUCCUGGUUUAAACAGAAAACAAAUGUAGCUGGUGCCCAAACACGGAGGCCACAACGACUGUGAAGGACCGAAGGUUUUUGUCUCCGUCUGCUUGAAAUGGCGGAUAUGAUCCAAACCCUCGCUAGUGUUGUCCCUAAUGAUGAGGGGAGGGACAAGUUCAAGAAGAGCGACCAUGUUGCUUUUUACAGGCGGCAGAUCCAGGGUCCAAACAUGCAGUAUCGAGCCCUGUUGGACACCAUGGUGCUCACAGAGAAGGGGGUAUGUUUUGAACUGCUGGAAUCAGACUCACAGACAAGGCUACUUCUUUCUUUGUCACCGUCCAAACACGACAUUGUAAGGAUACUGAUAGAUGAAUUCCAGCCAAUUAAGGCACGCUAUCGAGUUCCAGAUGUUUUAACUGGGGAACCUCAAUGUGAACAGUUAAGAGUGGAAAAACAGACUAAGGACUCAGUCACACUUUCUUGGUCUUCAGGACGUUAUCAGCUGCGCGUGUGGCGUUCCCCUUUCCGACUGGAGAUCCUCUGUGAGCAGGAAUUGAUGGUCACAUUCAAUUCUAAAGGCAACCUGUGGUUUGAGAGAUUACAGCAUCCACCCAGUGAGCCUCAAGAAGAACAGAAAAGUUCGUUGUGGAAGGAGACAUUCAAGCAGUUUGUGGAUAUCAAGGCUAAUGGUCCCAGCAGUGUUGGAGCAGACCUCUGUCUUCAUGGGUUCAGGCAUGUUUAUGGUCUGCCUGAACACUCAGACAACUUGCAGCUCAGAGACACGAGAGACGGCGAACCUUAUCGGCUGUACAACUUAGAUGUUUUUGCCUAUCAACUGUACAGUCGCCUUGGCCUGUAUGGAUCUGUGCCACUGAUGGUGGCCCACAAGCCAGACAGGACUCUGGGUGUAUUUUGGCUGAAUGCUUCUGAGACUUUUAUAAACAUUCAGUACUCCCCCACUGACCAUCAGGAUGAUCAAACUCCCCCAGUAAAACGGAGGCGGGCUGAGCCUCAGACUGAUGUCCACUGGCUGUCAGAGAGUGGUGUGAUUGACUGCAUGGUUCUGCUCGGGCCCAGUCCACAGCAGCUCUUCACCCAGUAUGCCCAGCUGACAGGAUAUCAAGCCCUGCCGCCUCUGUUUGCCCUCGGCUACCACCAGUGCCGCUGGAACUACAUUGAUGAAGCUGACGUGAAGUCUGUGGAUUCCGGAUUUGAUCGUCACAAAAUUCCUUACGAUGUAAUUUGGCUGGACAUUGAGCACACAGAUGGGAAGCGGUACUUUACCUGGGAUCCUGUUCAUUUUCCUGAACCAACCAGGCUGCAGCAGCACCUAGAGAAGAAAAAGAGGAAGUUGGUCAUUAUAAGUGAUCCACACAUCAAGGUUGAUCCUCAUUGGUCCCUGUACUGUGAGGCCAGAGAUGGAGAACAUUUUGUCAAGGACAGAGAGGGAGAGAUCUUUAAGGGCUCAUGCUGGCCGGGUGAAUCCUCUUACCUUGAUUUCAGCAGCUCAGCUACUCGAGCAUGGUACUCCAGAUGCUUCAGCUUGGAUAAAUACAAAGGAUCGACACCUUCGUUGUUUGUGUGGAACGAUAUGAACGAGCCAUCUGUGUUCAGCGGCCCAGAGCUGACAAUGCCAAAGGACGCUGUGCAUUGUGGGGGCUGGGAACACAGGGAUUUACACAACUUGUAUGGCUUUUAUCAGCACAUGGCCACAGUGGAGGGUCUAAUCACUCGCUCAGGUGGCUUAGAGAGACCUUUCGUCCUCUCACGCUCUUUCUUUGCAGGGUCACAGAGACUUGGUGCAGUGUGGACUGGUGAUAAUGUUGCCAACUGGGAGCAUCUGAAGAUCUCAAUUCCAAUGGUUUUGUCUCUGAGCUUGGCAGGCAUAGUGUUUUGUGGAGCUGAUGUUGGUGGGUUCAUUCAGGAUCCAGAGCCGGAGUUGUUGGUGCGCUGGUACCAGGCGGCAGCCCUGCAGCCAUUUUUCCGCGGUCACUCUGCAAAUGUGACAAACCGUCGGGAACCCUGGCUUUUUGGGGACGAGGUCACUGCAGCAAUCCGCACUGUAAUCCAACAAAGGUACAGCCUGCUGCCUUAUUGGUACACACUGUUUCACCAGGCUCACACCUCUGCCUUGCCUCCACUCAGACCUCUGUGGGUGGAGUUUCCAGAAGAAGAGAGCACCUUCAGUGUGGACAGCCAGUACAUGCUUGGAGGAGCACUGUUGGCAUGUCCUGUAACUGAACCGGGUAUCCAAGAAGUCAAAAUCUUUCUUCCUGGAUCUGGCGAGAUUUGGUAUGACAUCCAUUCUGUGCAGUCGUACGAAGGAGGCAGGACUCUCAGUCUUCCUGUCACCCUGGACACAGUUCCAGUGUUCCAGCGUGGUGGCUCAGUGGUCUGUAGAUCAGUAGGAAGUUGCUCCUGUACAGCUGAACUUCAGCAGCUCCCCCUCUCUGUCACUGUGGCUUUAAGCUCUCAGGGCAUUGCUGAUGGUGAGUUGUACCUGGAUGAUGGCCACUCAUUCAGAUACCGUGACGAAAAGGCCUUCUGUCUGCGCAGGUUCAGCAUGCUGUCAGGCCGUCUGCUCUGCCGUCCUGCCAGUGAAGAAGGAACAUUUGACUGUGAGACAGUCAUACAGUCAGUCACCAUCCUGGGGCUGAAGAGCAAACCGUCCACAGUGAUUGUGCAUGCAUCAGGUACUAAGGACAUGUCAGCUGCAUUUCAGUACAUGGAGACUUGCUGCAAGCUGACUGUGAACACUGGAAACCUCAGAGUGGCGAUGGACUGGGAAAUACAGAUAGGUUGAUUGUGAAUAUGCCAGAGUUCUUUCACCAGAUUUUUUUUUAAUUAUGAAGAAUUCAGAAUUCAGAAUAGAGAAGGGCAUCACAUGAAUUAUGAAACUUACAGACAAGACAGAUUUGGUAAAGAAAGUAAAAGAGGGGGUAAUUGUAGGUGUGUGUAGUGAGUAUGAGGGUGCUCAUUUCUAUUCAGUCCAGGAUUAAUGCAAUUGAUAGGGGUAAAAUGGAGGGAUUAUAACAAUAAUAGUGAUAUAAUAAUAAGAAAAACAGCAUUCAAUUAUUAUUAUCAAAAUCAUCACUAAUAAUGAUAACAAGAAUGAUGAUUAUAACAACAAUAAUAACAGUAAUAACAAUAAUAAUGAAAACAUAAGGGAGUAAUUGCUAAUUGUCUGAAUACAUUUGUUUGAUUGUGUGGACACUGAUGGAGUUCAAAGCAUGUACUCAUUUAUGCUGUUAACAAAAACUCUUCUUAAAGUGAGAGCCACUUUAUACAAUUAGAUCCAUUUAUUUUUGGAUACUGACAUAAAUCCUGUUAUUUUAGCUGUUUACCAAAACCUAUUGAAGUUAUAUGAUAAAUAUGGACUUAAAUUGUAGACUCUCUCCUGUAAUUUGGGCAGUUAAACACAUAUAUUGCAUUAACCACGAAAGAAUUACAGCCAUUUUUAUACAUAGUCCCCUGUUUUCAGUGGUUCAAGUGUAAUUAGAAAAAAAAUAUUAAAUUUAAAAAAAUAAAGUUAUUGGAAAUUUUGGAAAUAUCCACAGAAUAGAUUCUUUUCUUACAAAUACUGUGACCUUGUAGUGAACCCACUGCAUUUUCUCUCUUGAAGUCUCUUAUGGGUAGACUUGGAUAACUAAUGGAUUUUUCUUAAUGGAAAGGAUCCUGUGAUCAUCACCCACUGCUUUCUUCAGUGGAUUGUCAGUCCUUUUAAUCUUGCUGAUCUCGUGCAUAUGGUAUUUUUUUUUCAGAUUGUACCAAACUAUUGACUUGGUCACUCCUAAUGUUCCCAUUCAAAUGGAUUUGUUUUGUUUUUUCAGUUUAAGCACAGCCCAAGCCAGUCACCUGGUGCCUUAUCCUCUUAAUUUUGCUGAGCUAGCAGGUUCAGUGGCAAUCAUGGAUGUAUACAUAUCAGCGUCUAGAGUUCUCUUACUCUCCAAAUCCAAAAACAUAAAUAAUUUGUGGAGGAAAAUAGAAAAUUUCUGUGGACAGAUUGCUAUCACUGCCGGCUUUGCUGUGUGCUUGACCUGCAACAAGAAAAAAGAAAGUAAUGUGCUAAGACAUUUCCAGAACAGGCAGGAUAUCAUUGUGUUAUUAGGUCUGAGAGUUGAUUGCUCUAUGUAGCUGAAGAAAAAAAAAGAUUGUCUGAGCUUGACCUUAGCCAAAAUUCAUAUCAAACUGGCCUAUUUUUUAAUAUUUGUAAUAUUUUUAAAGUUGACUACUUUAAAGUUGACUGCUCUAUGAUUCAUUUACACAAACAGGUAUAAUUCUUAGUGGCCUGCAUAGAUAUAUAGCCACUCAGUUUUCUUUAUUUUAGUUGGAAAAAUUCAUAAAUGCAACAAAACAUUGUAUUAUUGUAAUGAAAAUUCAAAGUACCAAAUAAUCAGAAACAGUGCACAGCAGAGUCGUCAUAAGUGGUUGAAGAUUUUAACUAUUUACAUCUAUUAGUAAAGUUGAAAGGCUAAUCUAUUCUUAAUAGCUAGUGCCACCCUAAUUAUAAUGCAAAUAUGCCUCACUGAUUCUGCUGGUGAAAAAUUGCUUAAAAUAGCUCUUUUGGAAGUAGAGAUUGCAAACCCCUGCCUUAAAUGGGCUGUGGCCAUGCGGGUCGUGGGUUCACAGCAUCAGCUUCCAAAAUGUAAAUACUACACUUGGAAUCAUCUGCAGACCUUUUCUCUGCUUAAUUUAUGAAUAAACAGUGAAGAAAUACUCAGCGUCUGCCCAUUAAAGUCCAAUCACAUUUGAGCCCCUGAAAUUAGGUGACUGUGUAUAAAAAAUAUUCAGCAUAUGGGUAUAUUCAUCAGGUGCCUGUAACUGUAAUGCUUGUAUUCAACUUCAGGUAUACCAUUGUCCUGUGAUUAUGUGUUGGCACCUCUUUUUCUUUGAGCGCUGUCCUUUAUCUGACACUGCCAUGUCCCUGCUGACUGAAUCCUGCUCUAUAAGGACAAAUAUUUUUUUUUAAAACCCAUCAAACUUGUUAUAUUCUAAGCUGUGAACAUUAAAUUAAUGUUUAAUUGAAUAAGUUUUAAGUAAUUAUCAAUUAGAAGUUAUGUUUGAUUCUGAACUUUCUUUGACUGAAUAAACAGUGAUGUGCAGCUUCUAAUGUUGAUGUAUGUAUUUCUUUUAUUGCUGCUGUGUUGUCAUAUUUAAAACAAAGAGACAAAACAUACUUUUUUUUUUUUAUCCCACAUUUGCAUAAAGGUGCAGCAACAAAUGCUAGAACAAGCCUAAUUACCAAAUGAGACAUUGUACACA